UGUCCUACUCGUAGUAGUCUUUUUGGAUACAUCCCCUAUUCAAAAAUACAUAGCAUUAUUUUCAACCACAUCUCAUACCAGUGAACUACUCUACUACGUACGUACUCCUAGAAGUACCGGUACGUGAUCUACGCGCAUGAUUCGUAAAACCUAUCUGUUUUAAGGUUCUGUUGUUAUCGAUUGAAAGCGUGUUCAUCAACAAGAGCUGUACCACAUAGAGCCUUGUGCAGAACAGACCUCCACAGAUGGGAGAAGCUAUUGCAAUCGGCACCAGACAAGGGCAAGGCGAAGAGAGCAGCAACAACGAUAAUCGAAAUUGCAGCCGAGACGCAUUUCGAGGAGUUGCUCGUCCGAUCUCAUUGUCUGAAGAAUUUAGCCAUGUCGUCAAAGCUUUGGAAAGCACGGAGCGAARCCUGCGACUGAAAAGYCAUCCCAUGCUAUUCGAUCGUGCCCCUCACCUCGAAGUAGACGACGUAAAGGAUAUUGAGAAAGAGCGGCAAAAGAAGAAGCACCRGCAAAAAGAAGAGCAGUUGCAACAGCUUCAGCAACAGCCAGGUGGUGCCAUGGUAUCGACGGCGGCUCCAAUCAAAGCCACCAUUUCGAAGGAUACCCUAACUGCAUCAUUGAAACGACUGCUUUUAAAGGGAGUUUUCAAAAUGGAUCAUCUCAUGAUUCCAUCCGAGCUGUCGCCAACAUUCCGGUUCGAAUCUAUCUUGACACUGGACGUGAGCCACAACGAAUUGACCGACCUGCCGGGAUUGUCCCUGUUCAAGAAUCUGCAAACUCUCGAUCUGAACCGAAAUUGGUUCAACACCCUACCAUCGGAAAUCGGAAUGCUGAACGAGCUCCGGACGCUGGUUGCUUCUCGGAAUUUUCUGCGGCCCAACACCCAGUCUCUACGGCUGGAAUCACUAAGGGAGUCUGCUAGACACCUCGAAACAUUCGAUCUGCGGUACAACCAGAAAUGCGGCCGGCCCUUCCAUCGCGACAGGGUGCAAGAGGAACUCUUGCCACUGAAGCCAACCAUCCAGAUGACGCUGUGGGAGGAACUCGGAGAGACACCGGGAACCUACAUUGGAUCGAGUGCCGCGGUCCGCAAUCCGAUCCUCCUCCGCAGCCAGCUCGAGCCACUGGGGACGGUGGCCCUCCGGAAAAGGUUGGUCCGCGAUUUUGGUCAGGAGCCGACGGACCCCUCGGAGGUUGAUCGUGCGGGGGUGAUGAGGCGCCUGCUCAGGGCAUAUUUCGACGAGGGCAUGGCCCAUUUUCAGGGAAACGCCGGAGUGGCAAACCAAACGGACGAAGCGUGCUACGACUCCCUGAUCGCGAAUCGAACCACCCUGCAGGUCUACGGAACUCCCGUCCCACAAACAAACCUCAAUGAUCUACUGGAAGAACUCAACAAGUGGACGUCCUACACGGGAUUGGUAAACAAAAACCGGGAACGGCCAUCUAUUCACGCAAGCAACUACAUGAUCCUGCGGAGACCGAGAUCCAGGGAGGAGCUGGCGGCCGAAGAAUCUCGCAGCACACGCGACAAAAAGUCUCGCCGGGCGAUCCGCAAGGCCAAAAAGCUGGAGCGCUACCGCCGCCUUUGGGAAGUAGGGAUCGCCGCCCUCCGCAUGGUGGAUCCGGUCUUUGCCGACCAGAAAUGCACGGAGAUCGCCGUCACGCACGGGUUUUCGGGGAGCCCCCACAUCGACAAGCAGAACUGUGGGCCCUUUUACGGGCUGAGCCUGGGGAACUUUGACGACUCGGACGGGAAGGGAGGGAUCGUGGUCGAGUCUUCCGCGCGGGUCGUGGUGCAGGUCAACACCCGGAACCGGCUGGGACGCGUCGACGGGCGUUUUGUGCACUGGGUAAAGCCGUGGGGGAGGCACGACCGCCACGGGCAGGAUUCCUCCGGUGCCCGGGUUGACGGAGAAAACCAGGCGGAAGAAGAAGAAGAACAACGCUAUUCGCUAAUCUAUUACGAAACAGGGAACGAUUUCGUCCCACCGGGGCCGGCCGUGUUUACCAUACCAAAGGAUUCUCCCUAGAUGCUUGCAUCGCGGUGGCGAGUUUCUUUUAAUGUGCGACUUGUUGUUUAAGUAAUAAACUAAUGGUUUAAAU